UAUUAAUAGGGCUAUAUAAAGGCAUAUUAAAAGCAAUCGUCCAUAUUCUGACUUGGUGAAAAGAAACACAUUUUAUCUUCAAGGAACAUUCAAUCUUGUGUCUGAAGUUUAAUCACACUUUUUAAAUAGCAUUAUGGUAAUCAAAGAGCAUAAAGUACAAAAAUUAUGGUAAUGAAAUUACGUGCAUACAACGUUGCAGUUACGUUGUCAGUAAAUCAUGAAGUACCAAUAUAUUACGAUUAGAGUACCUAUCUGGGACGUUCUUGGUUAUCAUGUUACCAGGACGUACUGUCGACGUUGUGAAUUUGUAAUGAGAUGGUAAUGGAAUUACGUGCAUACGAAGUCGUGGUUACUUUGCCUAUUGGUAAAUCAUGAAAUUACCAAAAAUUACCAAUAGGUUACAUAACAGUUACGUCGUGUGUUAGCUUGGUAUAUACAAAACUAUAACUUUUUAUGACAGUAGUUUAGUGAUAAAAAAAAAUUGCAAAUUUUUUUUUUUCAGGUUUUUUUUCCUCCCAUCCUGUCCCAAGUGGUUGAAAUUCCCACCACUGACGAGACAAAAAGUCACUAAAGGGGAUGGCCUUUUCUUAAAUGGGCGGCUUUCCCAACAGGACAGGGUGGACAACCAUUCAAGGGACAUGGACAAACUCUUCUUUUUUAUUAAAUAAAAAUAUAAUUUUUAUGACCAAAUGAUCAAUACACUCAAAUUGAGUUUAACAAAAAAAUUUACAAAAUAUUAAUAGAGGACAAAAUUUUUAUGUUAAGUUAUUAUUGCAAAUUAGUUAUUUAUGUACAGGACACCAAAAGGCACCCUACAGUGAUAUUGACCCAGGAGUAAAAGGAAAUGGUUUGAUAGACGAAAAUGCAAAGGAAGCAACAAAGAAAGACAUACAUAUGCAGUUAAAAUAUAUUAAGAGUAAAAUGAAGUGUUUACUCAAACAACAUGUGAAGAAUAGGUGGCAGAAACAAUAGGGAAGAAGAAAGAACAGGGAGAUUGUUUUAUAGCAUUCAAAGAAUUGUAGGUAAAUAGAGUAACAGGAAGAAAUAGACAUGAAUAAACCAUAGUUUUAAGUUUCAAGAUUUGGUCAUACUGCUCUUAAUAGCAAUUUUAACAGAAUAGGGAGACAUGAAACCGGAAAGUGUGAAUACUGUAAUCGAGGAAAAUAUAGAACAUGUUAUAAUGAAAUGUCCAAGAUACAGCAAUAAAAUAAAUAUACUGAUUGCUGACCUCAAGGAAAAUACAGAGAAAUUUGAUUUGAUAAACAUUUUGGGGAACAAAUCAGGUGCUUUAAAUUUUUAAUGCGGUAUUUAAAGGACUGGUUUAUAUAAUACGUAGAAUAUAGUGAAUGCAAGGGUAGAUUAUGAUCCUGACCCAGACUCCUAAUCAGUAGGUGGCGGUAAUGCAUCUAAAAGCUGUAUGCCAUCCGCCAUUAAAACGCCAAGAAGAAGAAGAAAUGCAGAGGAUGGAGUCUUCUUCUUUUAUGAUAUUGCAUAAGCUCGGUUGAGUGUAGGUUACCAUAAUAGUAGAUAGACCAUAAUACAAAAUAAUAUUACGGGGAUUUCAAUUAAAGCGAGCAAAAAUCAGAACCAGUGUUGUAUUAACCAUAGUUAAGGCUGCAGCGCAAUGGCAAACCGAAACCUAAAACUGGUGAAUAUUCAAAAUAGUGCUACAUCCCCGCACCCACAGAAUGUAAAGCGCACCACGGAAUCUCCUGCAGAUCCCAGUGAAAAGAUGGAGACACCACGGGGCCCCAGUCCUGCAAACACUGAGCCUCAAGAGAUGACUCUAAACAUCAAGAACUUUAGGAGACCCGGGGAGAAAACAUUCACUCAGCGGUGCAGGCUGUUUGUUGGUAAUCUCCCAUCAGAUAUGACGGAGGAAGAUUUCAAGAAGCUGUUUUCCAAAUAUGGCGAAGCAAACGAGGUGUUCAUCAACCUAGACAGAGGAUUCGGCUUUAUACGCCUGGAAACAAGGACACUUGCAGAGAUUGCUAAGGCUGAGUUAGAUGGCACAAUGCUGGGGAACAGACCAAUUCGUAUUCGUUUUGCCACACACGGGGCUACACUCACAGUACGAAACCUGUCUCCAGUGGUGUCAAAUGAGCUUCUGGAACAGGCCUUCUCACAGUUCGGACCAGUUGAGCGGGCAGUUGUGGUGGUUGAUGACCGAGGCCGACCCACAGGGAAGGGGAUUGUGGAGUUUGCCAAUAAGCCUGCUGCCAGGAAAGCCUUGGACCGCUGUUCAGAUGGAGCCCUUUUGCUUACAAUGUCCCCUCGUCCAGUCAUUAUUGAGCCAACAGAACAGUUUGACGAUGAAGAUGGGCUGCCAGAAAAGCUGUUGCAAAAAUCAGCACAGUAUCACAAAGAAAGGGAGUACCAACCACACUUUGCACAGCCAGGCACCUUUGAAUUUGAGUACUCAUCUCGCUGGAAGGCUUUGGAUGAGAUGGAGAAACAGCAGAGGGAACAAGUCGAACGGAACAUACAAGAGGCAAAGGAGAAAUUGGAGGCUGAAAUGGAGGCCGCCAAACAUGAGCAUCAACUCAUGAUGAUGAGACAAGAUCUAAUGAGACGUCAAGAGGAACUGCGCCGCUUGGAGGAGCUCAGGAAUCAGGAGCUGCAGAAACGCAAGCAGAUUGAAAUGAGGCAUGAGGAAGAGAGACGUAGACGUGAGGAGGACAUGAUGCGCCAUAGAGAGCAACUUGACAUGAGACGGCAACCAGAUGGAUUCAAGCCCAAUUUCAUGGAGAAUAGAGAACAGGAUAUGAGAAUGAAUGAAAUGGGUACCCGUGGAACCAUUAAUAUGGGAGAUUCAUUUAACCCUGUCGCUGUGGUUAGCGGUAACCCCUCACAAAUGGGCAUAGCAGGCCAAGUUGGAGCCAUGGGGCCUGAUGCAUCAUCAAAUAUGGGAACUUCCCUGAUUCCAGAUAAUGGAGUGAUGGAGAGAGUGGUUCUCAGCACCGCCGCCAAUUUGGUGCACUCUUUCCGGGAAAUAAAGGUUUGUAUACAUUUUAUUUCAUUUAUAAAGUCUUUAAUAUGGUGUAAAUUAUAUUAUUUUACACAACGUGACACAAGGAUGAGAUGUCAGCUGCGUUAGUAGCGGUCGUUUCACACGAUGGAAACGCCUUUUGCCUUGCAUAACAUAAAUGGAUUUUAUUCAUUAUAAUACUGAGUUUAAUUUAAUUUGAUGUUAAAAUAUGUUCUCUAAUCUUAGUACUGUUUGUUUUUGGGCAGGUUUUGGAGCCAGUCACGGUAUCUUUCAGCUACGAGUGAAACGCGAGGCCGUGGUCUAAAGUUCACAGUUCCCCCGCGUACAGCAGACCUUCACCGGCUCAGAUUUCAGUGACACACCAGCACGAGAAUUAGCACUAUUUCGUUACAAAAAAAAAAGAGAUUACAGAGAACGGUUGAAUACACUUAAAUUAAAAUGCUACUUUUAAGUGUGCCUUUUUUUAUUUCUAAAAUGCUUGUUAAAUGAGUUUAAAUGUAUGUAAUAUUAUAAACUAUGCUGUAUUCACCCAAAUAAAUUCAAUUUGUCUUG